GGGUGGUUGGAAGAGCAGCUUCUAACCAUUGGAAAGCCUCCCACUCCCUGUACAAACACCUUCGCUACCGGCCUUCUGACAGCAGGGAAAAGGCAAAGAGACGCUACACGGAGGUGCCAGGCUUACCUGGUGGCAGCACAGCGUUGACCAUGUCAGGGACAGCUCUAACUAUGCCAUGCUGAAUAGGCUUCCAGUGUUCACUGUCUAGCCUCACAUUUGAAGGAAGGUCACUUGGGCCUGGUUAUAAAAGACUUCCAGACCCCUGCAAGCAAAACUCUCAUCUUGAGAAGCAAUCAACAGACAAGGAUGGAGAAAGUAGAAGAGAAAUGACGAUCAGCAUGACGGUCAACACCACAAAAAAAGAAAACAUCACAUCGAUGGCCACAAAAUCCCCUGAAGAAAUUCUGUACCAGAGCUCUGGUGCAAUUGUAGCUGUCAUUGUAAUUGGAGUAAUAAUCAUACUCACCCUGGUAUUGCUCACUUUAAAGCACUAUAACAGACAAAGCCGACUGAAAAGAGAUCUGGCGCCAAAAUCAUCAAAGCAACUUUCAAAUCCACUUCCACAGACUGGUCUUGACACAAGCAGGCAAACAUCACAGGUUUCUAGUUCAUUGAAUAUUCCAUUGGAAAGGAAAUAAAAGCUGAAGUACCAAUGUAAUGGGACAGAGAAGGAUGCUAUUACAGACUGAAUCUGGAUAAUUUGGGUCGCAGAAGUGCGAAAUAAAAAUGUGUUACUAAAAUUACCAUCUUUAUCCAGUCUCCAAAGGACCCAUUAUCUCUCAGUUCACAAACUUUCUGGGCUGCACUUUAUUUUUUCAGACUGCAGAAUUUCAAAGAGAAAGCAGUUACAUCAACAAUUGUAGAUCCCUGAAAAAUAGUUGGGAUCACAGUUCCUCACGAAAUCUCUACAUUCGUCGACUCAUCUGGAAAUAAUUGAUUUCUUUCUUUCUCUCGUUUAGAGACCAUAAGUAAAUCAGGGACGUUAAAAGUCCAACACUUGUGUUUUUAACUCUCACAACAUCCAACGCUAUUUUGAAAAGUACAAUGAUUUUGCCUUUAUUAACUUGCUUGGUAAAUCACCUUAAAUAUUCAUCACUUUGAUUAAAAAGUUCGAGGUGAAUGGAAUUAUUAACAUAGAGAAACUGCUAAAAGAAUCGAAGUGUAAUAGUGAACACAUCACUUCCAAAGUAUUUGAUGUUUCUAACUUGAUUUUCAUUUUUAAUGGCUUCAUCUCUUUACUUAUACACUGCAAGUUUUGUUCUAGUAUCUGUGUUAACUGAGAAAAAUUUGUAUGUAACUGUGAUCUAUGUAAUUUGACUAUGUGCAAUACUUUACAUUUAUCAGUGUUAAAUAUAUUUUACUGUUUCUCGAUCCAGAUAUGUAGACGUUUUUGAAAUAUGCUUUUUUUAUUGCUUCCCUUAUUUUCCUUAGGCAGCAAUUUUUGACAAAAUUGUAGUUGAUUUUGCUACUUGGAUUGUUUCAGUAAAAUUCUGAAAGACUGCAUUCUCUCACAACAUCUUGCAUGAUCUUGGUGUCCUAUUUAUAAGACACAGUCCUAUCUAGUUCUAUGUUCUUCCUGCAUUUGUGCAACUUUCCAUUUAAUUAGCCUGUUUACAUGGAGAUUUUUCAAAAGCUUUCUUAAAAUUCUGAUGAACAGUGUCAAGGGUAAGCUGACAGCUAUUUUAUCCGUAAUGUCCUCAAAGUAGUGAAGAUGUUGGGCAGGAUGUUUUAAAUCCAUGUUGCUUGUUUCUUGUUAAGUUAUUGCUUCAUGAAUACUCUUUCAACAUGUUGCUUGGAAUAAAUUGUAUUGUUUUACUACUUAUUAAUGUUAUGUUAAUAGACUUGUAGUUACCUAGAUCAAAUUCACUGUCUUGUCUUUUGAGAGAUUGAUUUAAAGUGAGACAAUGGAGGUUCUUCAAGACCCCCAUUUGUAUCCGUGCCAUUGAAAAAAAAUUCUGUAAAACAAAAAUGUAAAAUGGGGAAAUUUGAGGCAAGACCAUUUAACUCUGCUGGUUUGACAAGCCUGAUUGUUUAAUUUAAAAGGCAAUGCUAUAUCCAUAAACCAUGGAAUCACUGAUGUUGUUUUGCUUUCAAGUUUCAAUUUUCCAAUGUCGAGGUUGUGGGUACAUUUUACUCCUGAAAUUAUAUAAUCACCAAUUACUUUGUAAUUUCUUUUGCUCACUCUUGUCACAAGUUGUUUCUCAGAGUAUGGCCUUGUAUUUUGGCAAUAUGCAACACUGACAGAAGUCACAGCCAAGUGAAAUUAAUGCAGUUACUACACAAUAUUGUAGUUGAUACUUGAGUUGACUAAUCUGUAUUAAGUAGGUUUUAUUUAUUGCUUUGUGUAAAUGCAUAUAUUAAAAUUAGAGCAAUCUGGUAUUAAUAGACCAAUAUAGUUGGUUUAUGUAGUUUUUCUGAUCCCCAAUCGCUAUAAGAAGAUCAUUCAAUAAGUGGAGAGCCAUCAAUGAAGAUAAGUCAUGCAAAAGCAGCAACAACCCAGGGCUUACUUGAGCUGAAUACAAUACUAGCAAAACCCCAUGAGCAAAUUCUUGUUUGAGGAAAGAGAAUUUCAAAAAUACAAGGUGAAUCUGUAAAUUUUAAAUAAAUGCCCAACUUGUCCUAAAGUGUUGCAGUGUUUUAUAAUAUCAAGCCUGACCUUCUUAUAAACAUGAGAAUUGUAUGUGAAAUUAUGAAGAGAACGUUCAUUGUUUACAUGCAAAGUGACACAUUGAAGGAUCGAGUCACUUUAAGUGAAACCAAUUUUUAUUAUUGCACAACAGAUUUUUGCUGAAUUUGAAAUGUGGAUGCCUUCCUGUCAUGCAGUUUCCUGUACGCAAUAAAUGUAAAAUCUGCAUUCACAGGUUAGUCUUCAUACUCAUUCCAUGUUAUUGGCUGUUUUGAGGCUUGGUAACUAAAUUGUAAUUUCAAAACAAGUCCACAAAAUAUUGCCUCCAUGCAUUUGUCUGCAUGGUUAAGUGGUAACUUACAUUUAAAUCGUUGGGUUAUAUGUUCAAGUCCUGCUCCAUAAAUGUGAAUUCAUAAUCCAAGCUGAUAUGUCAGUGCAGCAUGGAGAGGUUUACAUUGUUGGAGGUGUCUUCUUUCUAACAAGACAUUAUAUUAAGUUCUUGUCUAGAUGGAAGAUCUCAAAAGACAAUGGAUGUUCUUCAGAUGUUCUGAGCAACAGUAGCUAAACAGCAACAUGAAAAUGAGUGAUAUAAAACAAAAAUUGCAGAUUCUGUAAAUUUGAAAGCAGAAAUUGCUAGAGAAACUCAGUGGGUCUGGCAGCAUCUUUGA